CAGAAAAUGAACACUAACUUUAACAAGAGAAUCAAGCACCAGAUGUGCAUAAGAAGGACAGAUCUCACUCUGAGGCCUAAUUCAAAGAGGAAGAACAAGUCCCCACUAGAGAAGAUAUAUAGCAACAAUACUUGACUGAAGAUACAGUCCAGUAAAAGAUUCAUAUCUCCAACCUCUCAUGCUAAUAUAAGAACUGUAUUGAACAAGCUGAAAGAGAAACAUUUUGGAAAGAAGAAGAAGUAUUUUAAGUCAAGAGGAAGGCCUCUAGUUGAGUUUGGCAAGAGGAAACAACCCAUUUUCCACACUUUCCAUCAUAAUCCAGAAAAGAGGGUUGUCUCUAACCCAAAUAGUGCAAAGAAACAUAAAAAUCUUUCAGGGAGGAAGUUGAAAAAUGUGAAAUCCAUCAAGGCUUCAAAGCAUCUACAUCCAGAAAUUAUUGUAAAGGAUCCCUCCUUUUUAGAUAGUUCCAGAGGACGAAAUCACAAUAAUCCUGCUACCAACAAAGGUCAAAAUGCCAAAUAUAUGCAAUCAACUAGCUCUUCUAGGAGUAAGGAGAGAGUCUCUAGUAUUAAUCCAUUCGCGAAUUACCAGUCAUUCUUGGACCAGAAGACCUUCGAUAGCCGAUAUGAUUCGAACACGAAGAAGUAUUCUGUCUCGACUAAUAGCACCCUGAAUGUCUAUAAUAUGCUCCAUAGCAGGAUAUCACAGAUUUCAGACAAACUAAAUGCACAAGAUGAAUCUUCAGUCGAGGAGAGGUCACAAAGAGUCAGUAGCGUCUUAAGAGAGUCAUCGCCGACUGGAUUUGUAGCAAAGAAACCCAGGAAUACAAGACUAGAGUCAUUCCAGUUGGAUAUAAUUAAUGAAAUUCCUAAACAAGUGAAAUCUAAAGUAAUUGUUCCUUCAAAGGCAAUAAAGAAGAGUAAGAUCAAGAGCCCUAAGAGAAUGACGAGUGGGCCGAGUGAAUUAAUUCCUUACUCCCGCAUCGCUCCCAAGUUUACUAACAGGACUUUGAGCCCUCACCCAUCCUCUGUAGAGAAGAAGUUUACUAUAAAGUCUUAGGG